CGCGCUCUCGUCAAUGUCACGCGGCAAUGACUCACGGCGCCACAAACGGCAAACGGCAAUGCAACACAACGCCAAGCAACGCUUCAAUUCUAUUCUCACUCCCACUCAACUGUCCAGCAUAGCGUCCAGGUUUCAGAAUGCCUCCUCCUCAUUACGACUUUCUUAUUAAGCUCCUUCUCAUCGGUGAUUCCGGUGUAGGCAAAUCUUGUCUUCUCCUCCGGUUCUGUGACGAUGCCUGGACGCCCUCAUUUAUCACAACUAUUGGAAUUGACUUCAAAAUCCGGACCAUUGAGCUUGACGGGAAACGUAUCAAGUUACAGAUUUGGGAUACUGCUGGCCAGGAAAGAUUCCGCACGAUAACUACGGCUUACUACCGAGGAGCUAUGGGCAUUCUGUUGGUGUAUGAUGUAACAGAUGAGCGGUCAUUUAACAAUAUUCGCACUUGGCACGCCAACAUCGAACAGCAUGCCUCGGAAGGCGUCAAUAAGAUUCUUGUUGGAAACAAAUCGGAUUGGACAGACAAGAAAGCCGUCACUGAAGAGCAGGGUCGGGAAUUAGCUGAUGAACUAGGCAUCAAGUUCAUAGAAACUUCUGCGAAAGUGAAUGAAGGCGUAGAGGAAGCAUUUUUCACUCUGGCAAGGGACAUCAAAACCCGACUCAUUGACUCUCAAGGAGACGCAGCAGGUAGUUCUAACAACACUAAUGACGGUUCCGUACAAGUUACCCAGCGACCAUCAAGUGCGACGAGUGGUUGCUGCUCAUGAACGAAUGGUUCAACGGUCAGGAUCGGCAUCAACCACGUAUACGUGCGCGCUACAAUGUACAUAUAUCGUCGCAUUGUUCAGACUGUCUACUAUUCGAUGUGAAUAGCUAUUAAAACCUUGCAUACGUACUGUACUUUGAUGAUCACUCCGUUUUUCCUUCUAUUCGUCGAUACAUCUCCCAUCUUACAAUUCAUUCGCAUAUCUUGUACACACCGUAACGCCCUCCAAGAUCUUUCAAGGACAUAUGUUGCACAAUCAGCUGAAGACAAGGUUUGGAUGCCAUACACCCAACAUCAACAAACAAUAAAAGAGAGUUUGUGUCUGAUUGAGUCAGU